AUGGCGCAGAUGCGGGGGGUUUCCGCGGGGGGAGGCGGGGGAGGGGGCGGGGGAGGGGGCGGGGGAGGAGGCGGGGGAGCGGCGGGCAGGCGCGGGUUUGGAGGGGAGACGGAUUGUUCUGCGUGCAAGCUGAUUGCGCUGUAUGGGGCGACUGGGCAGGAGAUUCACCGGGUCGUUAGAGGGCAUGUUGGAGAUGAGCAGGGUGCGCACUCGCCUCAUGGUGGCGGCUCAGGAGGCGCAUCCGGUACCACUAGUGCUAAGCCAGGGUCGCUAGAAGGCAUGUUAGAGAUGAGCAGUGCUCGCACGCGCCUCAUGGUGGCGGCACAGGAGGUGCUGGAGGCUCAGACGCGCCUGGGCAUGCACAGCGUGAAGAAGGCUGGGGGAUUUGCAGGGCUGAUGCGGACAAGCAGUAAUGCGGCGUCGGGUGGAGGAGGGGGUGGUGGGGGAGGGAUGAAGGGCAUGGGGUUGGGUGGGCUGAUGCGAACAAGCAGCAACGCCGGCAGCAGCAGCAGCAGCAGCAGCGGUGGCAGUAGUGAUGCGGCGUCGGGGGGAGGGGGGGGUGGGGGAGGGAUGAAGGGCAUGGGGCUGGGCGGGCUAAUGCGAACCAGCAGCAAUGCCGGUAGCAGCAGCACUGGUGGCAGCAGUGGUGGUGGUGGGGUUGGGUUGGGGCUGGUUCGGACAAGCAGCAGUGCGGCCAAGGAAGCAGGCUCUGCUGGUGGUGGCGGAUUCGGGGGAGGCGGAUUUGGGGGAGGUGGAUUUGGUCUGCCUGCAAGCAAGUCUACGGGUGUUGCUGGGGGCUUUUCUCGAUCCAGCAGCACUGCUUCCCCUUUCGGAGGAGGCAGUGGUGGUGGUGGCAGCAACAGUGGUGGUGGAUAA